CACUCCCACCUCCCCCACCACUCCCACCUCCCUUAGCACUUCCACCUCCCCCAGCACUCCCCACCUCCCCCAGCACUCCGCAACCUCUCGCCAGCACUCCCAACCUCCCCCACCACUCCCAGCCUCCCCCAGCACUCCCAACCUCCCCCACCACUCCCACCUCCCUCAGCACUCCCAACCUCCCCAGCACUCCCACCUCCCUCAGCACUCCCACCUCCCCACCACUCCCACCUCCCUUAGCACGCCCACCUCCCCCAGCACUCCCCACCUCCCUCAGCACUCCCACCUCCCCCAGCACUCCCACCUCCCCCAGCACUCCCACCUCCCUCAGCACUCCCAAUCUUCGCCAGCACUCCCCCAGCACUCCCCACCUCCCCCAGCACUCUCCACCUCCCUCAGCACUCCCCACCUCCCCCAGCACUCCGCACCUGCAAGCACUCCCACCUCCUCAGCACUCCCCACCUCCCUCAGCACUCCCACCUCCCCACCACUCCCACCUCCCCCAGCACUCCCACCUCCCACCACUCCCACCUCCCUUAGCACUUCCACCUCCCCCAGCACUCCCCCACCUCCCCCAGCACUCCCCACCUCCCCAGCACUCCCACCCCCACCACUCCCACCUCCCUUAGCACUUCCACCUCCCCCAGCACUCCCCACCUCCCCCAGCACUCCGCACCUCCGCAAGCACUCCCACCUCCCCACCACUCCCACCUCCCCCAGCACUCCCACCUCCCCACCACUCCCACCUCCCUGCACUUCCACCUCCCCCAGCACUCCCCACCUCCCUCAGCACUCCCACCUCCCCCAGCACUCCCCACCUACCCCAGCACUUCCACCUCCCUCAGCACUCCCAACCUCUGCCAGCACUCCCCACCUCCCCCAGCACUUCCACCUCCCCCAGCACUCCCCACCUCCCUCAGUACUCCCCACCUCCCCAGCACUCGGCACCUCCGCAAGCACCACCCACCCCCCUCAGCACUCCCACCUCCCUCAGAACUCCCACCUCCCCCAGCACUCCCCACCUCCCUCAGCACUCCGCACCUCUGCAAGCACUCCCACCUCCCUCAGCACUCCCACCUCCCCAGCACUCCCACCUCCCUUAGCACUUCCACCUCCCCCAGCACUACUCACCUCCCACCAGCACUCCCACCUCCCCCAGCACUCCCCACCUCCCCAGCACUUCCACCUCCCUCAGCACUCCCACCUCCCUCAGCACUCCCACCUCCCUCAGCACUCCCCCACCUCCCCCAGCACUCCCCACCUCCCUCAGCACUCCCCCACCUCCCACAGCACUCCGCACCUCCCCAGCACUCCCCACCUCCCUCAGCACUCCCCACCUCCCUCAGCACUCCCCACCUCCCCAGCACUCCGCACCUCCCUCAGCACUCCCACCUCCCCCCAGCACUCCCCACCUCCCCAGAACUCCCACCUCCCCCAGCCUCCCCACCUCCCCAGCACUCCCCACCUCCCUCAGCACUCCCCACCUCCCACAGCACUCCGCACCUCCCCCAGCACUCCCACCUCCCCCAGCACUCCCCACCUCCCUCAGAACCUCCCACCUCCCCCAGCACUCCCCACCUCCCCCAGCACUCCCCACCUCCCUCAGCACUCCCCACCUCCCCAGCACUCCGCACCUCCCACUCCCACCUCCCUCAGCACUCCCACCUCCCCCAGCACUCCCCACCUCCCUCAGCACUCCCCCACCUCCCACAGCACUCCGCACCUCCCUCAGCACUCCCCACCCCACCUCCCUCAGCACUUCCCACCUCCCACAGCACUCGCACCUCCCAGCACUCCCACCUCCCAGCACCCCGCACCUCCCCCAGCACUCCCCACCUCCCUCAGCACUCCCACCUCCCUCAGCACUCCACACCUCUCCCAGCACUCCCCACCUCCCCCAGCACUCCCCACCUCCCACAGCACUCCGCACCUCCCCCAGCACUCCGCACCUCCCUCAGCACUCCCCACCUCCCCCAGCACUCCCCAGCACUCCCCACCUCCCCCAGCACUCCCACCUCGCCCAGCACUCCCCCACCUCCCCACCUCCCAGCACUCCCCACCUCCCCCACCUCCCCCCACCUCCCCCAGCACUCCCACCUCGCCCAGCACUCCCCACCUCCCUCCUACCUCAGCCAGCCUCCCCACCUCCCCCAGCACUCCCACCUACCCCAGUACUCCCACUUCCCUCAGCCACUCCCCACCUCCCCCUGCUGAUUCCCACCUCGCCCAUCUGACUCCCACCUCCCCACCUCAGCCAGCACUCCCCACCUCCCCAGCACUCCCACCUACCCCAGUACUCCCACUUCCCUCAAUCCGCAUCCCCCAGCACUCCCACCUCCCCACCUCCCCCAGCACCCCCCACCUCCCCCAGCACUCCCACCUACCCCAGUACUCCCACUUCCUCAGCACUCGCACCUCCCCCAGCACUCCCACCUCUGCUUUGUCUACAAAACAACAAUGA